CUUUUAAUGAGCGCUGCGGCCGAGGCAAGUCCAGGUGGAGCAGUGCACACACCAGACGCGCUGCACUCGUGUCAUCAGGGGACGCAAAUGUGGUGGAUUUAACUUUGAACAUCUAAAGGAUUAAGCUGUUUUCAGGACUUCACUGCAUCAACAUGAGAGCUUCACUAUCUACCAUCUGUUUAGCCCUGCUCCUGUCCUGCGCCUGCCGGGCCAAGCCAAACGGAUCAAAGAGCAAGAAGCCAAAGCAAGUGGUGCCAGCAAUUGAGUGCGACGUCAGAGCAGGAAAAAUCAACCUCCCAGAAUUCAUAGUGAAGUGUCCAGCUCACUGCAAAGAGACCAAGCAGCAGGUCUAUGGGACAGGGGUGUUCGCAUCCAUCUCCAGUAUCUGCAAUGCCGCUAUUCACAGUGGAGUCAUCACAAACACGGGAGGAAAGGUGAUCGUGAAGAAAAUGGCGGGACAGAGCAUUUACAAAGGCUCCAACUCAAACGGAGUGAGGUCCCUUUCUCUGCCCAAGUGGAGAGAGUCCUUUGCAGUCUAUGUUGGAAAACCCAAGAAAGGGGUGAUAUAUCCAUCUACACUGGACUAUGUGCCUUCAAGACCCACUUACGUGAAACCAAGUCAAAAAGAGGUCAAGACCCAAGUAGUUUCAACCCCACCUCCCCCCACCACACCGGAGCCCACAACAACCACCACCACACCGGAGCCCACGACCACCCAAACCACCACAGAGGCCCCGACAACCACCACUGCUCCCCCCACUACCACCACAACCAAGGCCAGGGCCGCUGUGCAUAAAGUCAGGGACGCAGGCAGCAGUCACCCGUACCUAGCCUCUGUGGCAGCAGCGAGUACAAGACAAUCCCAGAGUGGAGCAGGGAAGAGUCCUGUUCACGUCUUCAGAGGAGGAGCCUAUCCCGGCCGCUUCCCACAGAGAAUCAGUGCAGGCCUCCGUAGACAAGAGACCUCAGCAACCAUAAGGAGACAGCCGUCCUCUCCAGUGGGGCCAGCUUUCAACAGAGUCCAACCCCCUGUAUCUGACCGGAGCCAAGCCACAGUCCAGUCCAACUCCAACCCUUCUUUUCCCAGAAGGGACUGGGCGCCCCCCUCCUACCCACGGCCCGAUUGGUUUCCUGGAGCCAGACGUCCCGCAGAUGUAAGUUAUGCCGUCCCAGACUCAGGAUACUCAUGGACUGAGACCGCUGACACAGUGGACGUCCCAGCUCGGGAUCAAAGGCCUGAUUUCUCUGACUUUGAGCGCUGGUAUUAUAACUUUGGACCGUACCUGUCCAGAUCGUUUGACGCAGAUGGAAAUCGCAAAGUGUCACUGGAUUCAACCCACACGAGAGUGGAGCCAGUGGACGCUUGGAAGCCAGACAUCAACCUUUAUGAAUCAGGUUUCAAUUUGAGAGAGCCGGAGCCUAUUCCCAGAAUCCCUGAACCAGUAUCCCAAGGAGAUCCAAAUUGUAAGGUGGACCUUGUCUUUUUGAUGGACGGCAGCUGGAGCAUUGGGAAGCGCAGGUUUAAAAUCCAAAAGGACUUUUUGUCUGAAGUGGCACAGACUAUAAAUGUUGGCAUAGCUGGACCCAUGAUGGGCAUAAUCCAGUACGGGGAUGACCCAGUGACAGAGAUCAGCCUGAAGUCCUAUUCGAACUCCAGAGACAUGAAGUCGGCUGUGGAAAAGAUCGUCCAGAAGGGGGGGCAGUCCAACGUGGGGAAGGCCCUUUCCUACAUUAAUAAGCUGUACUUCAGUGACACCAAUGGGAACAGAGGGGGCGCUCCAAACGUAGCAGUGGUCCUGGUGGAUGGUUGGCCCACAGAUAAAGUGGAGGAGGCAUCCAGACUCGCACGAGAAUCAGGGAUAAAUAUCUUCUUUGUCACAAUCGAGGGCCCAGACGACAACGAAAAACACAACUUGGUGGAGGCCAACUUUGUGGACAAGGCUGUGUGUCGCACCAAUGGCUUCUUCUCUCUGCCCGUGUCCAGCUGGUUUGGCCUGAGGAAAGCUGUGCAGCCUUUGGUGAAGAGGGUCUGUGACACGGACCGCCUUGUCUGCAGUAAGACCUGCCUCAACGCCAAUGACAUCGCCUUCGUCAUCGACGGCUCCAGCAGCGUCGGCACAGGGAACUUCCGCACCGUGCUGCAGUUUGUCGCCAACGUGACCCGAGAGUUUGAGAUCUCAGACACGGACACGAGAGUGGGAGCGGUGCAGUACACGUAUGAACAGAGGCUGGAGUUUGCUUUUGGACAAUACAAUAACAAGGCCGAGCUACUCAAUGCCAUCAAACGCAUCAACUACUGGAGCGGGGGGACGAGCACAGGGGCAGCCAUCACCUAUGCCGCAGAACAGCUCUUCAGUAAAUCCAAACCAAACAAACGUAAAAUCAUGAUCGUAAUCACAGACGGGAGGUCCUACGAUGAUGUCAGGGCUCCUUCUCUGGCCGUGCAUCGCCAAGGGGUGAUUGCGUACUCCAUCGGCAUCGCAUGGGCAGCCCAGGAUGAACUAGAAUACAUCGCCACAGACCCUGAUAAAGACCAUUCCUUUUUCGUGGAUGAGUUUGACAAUCUGUACAAAUAUGUGCCCAAAAUCAUCCAGAACAUCUGCCAGGAGUUCAACUCUCAGCCCAGAAACUGAAGAGGGGGAGAGCAGAGACUGUACUGAGACAGAGGGGCAUGUGGGACGUUCUGGACACUGUAAAUGGAGUCACUUUGAUGCCCACUAGGAGGCGCUGCAUUGGCUACAAUGCAAGUAUAAAUAAAUACCCUCUACAUAAACAUAGCCAUACCAGUUCAUGGGAAUGGUUCUGGAAAACCUUUGCAUUCGCAGUUAUGCAACUCAUCACAAUAAAGAAGAGGGCCAAGUCAUUUGGUUUUCACCUACAGAAUUCACCUUAGUAUCUUCUUAUGUCCUGGAGACCCUUUUCCAUCAUGUGUUAUGCAGGCUAAAAAAAGUUACACCAAGUAAUUUAUUUAAAUAAAAUACAUAAUAAGGUUAUCAGUGACUAGUAUUUAAAUGUGGUUGCUUAAUACUGACAAGGCAAGAGGGAAAAAUUGUAUUUGAAUAUAAAAUGUGUCCCAAAAAUAACUUAACUUCCUCUAUUGCCUUCAAUUUUCAAAAGGUGCUUACAUUUGUAUAAAUCUGUGUCUCCUAAUGGGAAAGAGAUGGUACAUACUGAGGGCAUUAAGUUCCUUGGAGACUUUCUUGGUGCUGAAUUUAUGGAUAUGGACGGUUUGUCAAUAAUGUAGAGGUAUACUUGUCUUAAUUUUUUCACAGUGCAUUUUGCUUCCAACUCUGCAGCUUUUUCUGUUGAAAAUAUAUUUAUAAUUUCAUUGUUUGUAAAUGUAUAUAUUAAAAUCCUUCCGCUAAUGUUCAAAUAUUAAUAUUUUGUGAUAUUUUUAAUAAAAUUCUGAAAAU